GGAUGCCACUACACAUACACAGCCACUAAACAACAAGUGUUUCUGCUACUCUCAUGAGCUGCUGCAUGUCUAAAGAGGCCAACCAACCAUGCAAAUUCAGCCUCUUCUCACUCCUCCCCACCUUUUGCAGCUGCUCAACUCAAGAGAAGAAGAUAAGUUCACUGGCCUCUGUGUAUGUGUGGUAGUUUGGACUGGAAUCCAUUAAAGGCAGGAGGUGGUUUGCUAAGGGAGUGGGGGGAAAGGAGAUAGGGUAAGAUGGAAGAUGGGGCAAUCACAAGCGGAAAGAGGCUUGAAGCACCUGCAGUUAUGGUACAACUACUCCUCAUUGUUCUUUUACUUGCUCAAAUCUUUCCUUGCGUUGUUUAAUCGCUUCAGUUGCAAUCUGUGACAAUCCUGUACAAUCCUUGUUUAAGAAAUAUAACAAUAACUUGCUUAACAAAGUGGCUUUUGUCUUGUACAUACAUUUUCAAAAUGCUUCCAUGUUUUUGUCCUUUUUUUUAUUGCCUUACUUUUUGUGCUGUUCUCGUGUUUCUCCUCAUUUUCCCCCAAGAAAGACCUGCAAAAAUUGGUGAGAAUCCGGCACAUACUUUCAUCAUUAUUAGUGAACAAUCCUUGCAUUAUUUAUGACAUCAGAGGAGAGCCUUGUAUUGUGAGUGGUUUGGAGAAAGUUGUAAAUGGAGAUUUCAACAAUUAAUUCAACUAACUGAAUCCGUAGACUAGAGUAAAAUAAAUAACUGGGGACUCUGACAUAUUGCAGGGAUGGGUCGCAAACUCAGCUAGUUGACUAAUUAUUCUCCUUAACAUCUGGAUCAAUUCAGGUCCUAUCCUAUUUCCUCUUCUAUCUCUUGGUUCAAGAUGAGCAAAUUGUGGGUCAAAAUUUGUAAUGUAGUUUUCUGAUUGUCGAGGGAGGAGUAAAGACCUGUGCAUAUCCAUGUUGCUACAAGCAUUGGCGGGGACUGAAAGUGUAGAAUUGGUGUCUACAUAUACCUUGGCUGGCCUGUAUAAAUGAAUCAAAUCUGCUAGAGAACGACCAAUUUCUAUCGGUUUCAUCAUUUGUGGAUUCACAAGUUCAAUCCUGCUGCCCUAUCUGUUUGGGCAACAAUCGCUGCAGGAUAGUCCGCUCUAGAACAAAACUGAUGAAUGUUUUGAUUGGGAAGGGGAAGCCUCGAGAAGCCCAUUCUAUUUUCAACAGUUUAAUGGACGAGGGACACAGGCCAACUCUUAUAACAUACACAACCCUUGUAGCGGCCUUGACUCGGCAAAAACUCUUCAAGUCUAUACUUCGACUCAUCUCUAAAAUGGAAGAAAAUGGCAUGAAGCCUGAUUCUAUACUCUUCAAUUCCAUAAUCAAUGCCUUUUCUGAAUCUGGAAAUAUGAAGGAAGCCAUGAAACUAUUUCGGAAAAUGAAGGAGAGUGGAUGUAAACCAACAACAAGCACAUAUAACACCCUUAUCAAAGGAUAUGGGAAUGCUGGCAAGACUGAAGAAGCUUUGAAAUUACUGGAGUUUUUACAGGAUGGAGGUGUGAAACCAAAUCAGAGGACAUAUAAUAUUCUUGUUAGAGCUUGGUGUAACAAGGAAAACAUGGAAGAAGCUUGGAACAUGGUGUACAAGAUGGUUGCAUCUGGCAUGCAACCAGAUGCUGUCACAUACAACACACUAGCAAGGGCUUAUGCAGAGAAAGGAGAGACAAUUAGGGCUGAAGAAAUGAUACUGGAAAUGCUGAACAGGAGAGUGUCGCCCAAUGAGCGUACUUGCAGCAUCAUUGUGAAUGGCUACUGCAAAGAAGGUAAUAUGGUUGACGCUUCUAGGUUUGUGUUCAGAAUGAAGGAGCUUGGCGUGCUUCCUAAUCUCUUUGUUUUUAAUUCUCUCAUCAAAGGAUUUCUAGAUACCAUGGAUACUGAAGGAGUUGAUGAGGUGCUGACACUAAUGGAAGAAAAUGGGGUAAGGCCAGAUGUUGUAACAUUUAGCACAAUCAUGAAUGCAUGGAGUUCAGCUGGGCGUAUGGACAAAUGCGAAGAGAUCUUCAAUGACAUGGUGAAGGCUGAAAUAGAACCUGACAUUCACGCGUUCAGUAUCCUUGCAAAGGGUUAUGUGCGAGCCGGAGAACCUGAAAAGGCAGAGUCAAUCCUGUCUUCUAUGAGAAAAUAUGGCGUGCAUCCAAAUGUUGUAAUCUACACCACCGUUAUAAGUGGAUGGUGCAGCGCAGGAAAAAUGGAGCAUGCAAUGAAGGUUUAUGAGAAGAUGUGUGAAAUUGGCGUUUCCCCCAACUUGAAAACCUAUGAGACCUUGAUAUGGGGAUAUGGUGAAGCAAAGCAGCCAUUGAAAGCAGAAGAACUGCUGCAAGUUAUGGAAGAGAAGGGUGUCUUUCCUAAGAAGGGGACCAUGCAGCUAAUAGCAGAUGCAUGGCGUGCCAUUGGUUUGCUGAGUGAAGCUGAGAGAAUUAUAGAAAAUGACGAAGAUCCGGAGGUCAAUGCAGAUAGAAAGAAAGAUGACGUGCCCGUGGAUAGACUGGAAAGCAUUUACAAGGACCAAAACCGUGGUGCUUCUUAUUCUAAGCUGUUACAUAUACCUGGGGAAGCUACAACCAAUCAAAAUGGAUCAUCUUCUGUUAAAAUAAGAACCCAGAUGAUUCUUAAGAAUUACAGGUCUUCAUCUGAGUCUUCAUGGACAGGUUCCAACUCUGUCUUGCUCACUCGUCUGUUUGUGUUUGGGGCACAACCGCAAAUCAAAAGCAGAAGGCAGCACCAAAGUCUGGUCGGCAUUUGUGAAAAAGUCGUAAGCAGAAUCCUGUGCAUAAAUUGACAGGGAAACGAUGGGAGAUGCUGUUAUCAUACAUAUGUAGGAUGAUACAGAUGACUGGAACUUGGAAAGUGCCCUUACCAUGAGAUUAAAUUAUGCAGGGCUGAUGAAAGAUUGCUUGCUCGUGAAAGUCGUCGAUACUGCGAUUCAUUUUCAUGUCUAUUGACAUCAUUGUUUAUACAAAUUAUAGGUAGCAAGUAGUAAAUUUGUAUUUACUUACAGUACUGUUCUGAGGACAGGCUGCGGUACAACAUACACAAUUGAAGUUAUUUUAAGAAUUUAUUGAGCUUGGCUUUGUUGGAUGCCUUUGUAGAUCA